GACUAGACCGAAAUAAAAAUCCAUAAUUGUUGUUGCAUUCAAAAUUUGUAAAUCUGUCCCAAAAUUGAAACAAUGUUCUAUUCGACCGCGGUGCGACUAUUGUCUAUGGUGGUGGGCUGUCUUUACCCGGCAUUCGCCUCCUUCAAGGUCCUUGACUCGCAGCGGCUCAAUGAGGAGGAUCUUCGCAUCUGGUUGUCCUACUGGAUUGUCUACGGAGUCUUCCUAGUUUUUGACUUUCUAACCUCCGGCCUGGCCCCGUUUGUGCCCUUACUGAACGAGAUGAAGCUGGUGUACCUCUUGUGGCUGCUGCCAUCCCUUGGCGGUGGCAACCAAAUCAUCUAUGAGGAGUUCCUGCGCUCCUUCUUCAGCAGCAACGAGACCUGCAUCGACCGGGCCCUAAGCCACGCCACCCUAACAGGCAGUGAUUUCCUAAGCCAGAUUGUGGGCUCUUGUCUAGGCCAAUUCAUGUCGUUUGCCGACAGCUGCUUCCUAACACGUGGCCAUCGUUCUGCCCUCCAAAUCACUCCCAGCAUCGAGGACAUUGUGGCCAAAGUGAUUGCCCAGCGACGGCUCAAAAAGAAGCGUCUGGUAGAAUCCGGGAAAAAAACCAACUCUUUGGAGGAGGAAGGUCAAAAAAAUUCCGAGGAUAUAGACAGCAAUCUUGAAACAAACGAUGUUGAUCUGGUGAACGACUCCGAUUCGGAGCUGUUGCUUUACCCCGAACGCCAUAGCCUUGUCCGACGGAAGGAGAAGCCCCAAACCCCGCCGAAGCCCAAACGAAGCCAGUCGCCUGACAUCGAGAAUCCAGGUCUCAUGCAAGAUUACGAUCAGUGUAUGGAGUCAAUCAGAAACACUUAAAUGUCCGGGAUGUGCUUCGUGCGACUAUUUUUCCGGCGGAAUGUAGAUCCAUAUGGUCUCAGAUUGAUCUUUUGAAGCUUGUAUCUAAAUUUGUUGUGCCAAUAGAAGUCUUUCGUCAAGCGUAGCUCUCAUAAUAUUUCAAUAAAAAAAAUUCCAGUUCCUUUCUAAAA